UUCAACUCUAAAGCUGCCUUUUUUGGGCAGAAUCUGAAAAAAAGUGUAUACCCUUGGGUUUAAAAGUCUGUGCUGUGGUGAUGCUAAUGCCACUUCACUGAUCAGCACACAAAGAUCAAGCUCCACCAUGGUGCAGAGAGUAGCAGUGAUCGGGGCCGGCCCCUCUGGUCUGGCCAGCAUGAAGGCUUGUCUGGAGGAGGGCAUGGUGCCAACCUGCUUUGAGAGCAGUGAUGACAUGGGAGGGCUGUGGAAGUUCAAGGAAGUGUCGGAGCCCAACAGGGCCAGUAUUUACCGAUCUCUCACAAUCAACACCUCCAAAGAGAUGAUGUGCUACAGCGACUUCCCCAUCCCCGCUGAUUACCCCAACUACAUGCACCAUUCUAAAAUCCUGAAAUACUUCAGAAUGUAUGCAGAACACUUCAAACUACUGCAACACAUUCGCUUCCAGACCUCAGUGAAGAGUGUCAAACAGAGACCAGACUUUACUCGGACUGGUCAGUGGGAAAUAGUGACUGAGAAUAGAGACGGACAGGAGGAGAAGCAUGUCUUCGAUGCAGUCAUCUGCUGCUCUGGUCACUACACCUACCCUAACCUGCCACUCAAAGAUUUCCCUGGAAUUGAGACAUUCGAGGGAAAAUACCUCCACAGCUGGGACUACAAGGGGCCUGAGGACAUGUACGGGAAGAGAGUAGUGGUCAUCGGCAUUGGUAACUCAGGAGGCGACAUCGCUGUGGAGAGCAGCAGAGUUGCAGAGCAGGUGUAUAUGAGCACUCGUCGUGGAGCCUGGGUCAUCCGGCAGGUUUCUGACAACGGGCUGCCAGUAGACAUGAAGUACAACACGCGUUUUGUCCACAUCCUCUUCCAGCUGCUGCCCAUCAACUUCUUUAACUGGUUUGGCGAGAAGAAACUCAACACCAUGUAUGACCACACCAUGUAUGCCCUCAAACCCAAACACAGGCUCUUCAGUCAGAUCCCAGUCAUCAACGAUGACCUGCCGCUAAAAAUUCUGUCUGGAUCAGUCGUCAUCAAGCCAAAUGUGAAGGAAAUCCGUGGCUCCACUGUGGAGUUUGAAGAUGGCAGCAUUGUGGAAAAGGUGGAUACCAUUGUUUUUGCCACAGGAUACAACUACGAUUUCCCCUACUUGCCAAGCAACACUAUGUACAAAUCUGGGCACCGUGUUGGUCUCUACAAGCAUGUAUUUCCCCCGAACCUGGAGCAUCCUACUCUGGCUGUUGUGGGCUUUAUUCAUGCCCUUGGAGCCAUUAUGCCUCAGGCUGAAAUGCAGGCCCGCUGGGUCACACGUGUCUUCAAACGAAUUAAGAAGCUGCCCUCAAUCCAGGCCAUGAUCAAGGCAGUUGAAAAUGACACAAAGGACAUCGAGAAACACUACAUUGUGUCAAAGCUGACUCCGCUGCAGGUGGACUUUGUUUCCUACAUGGACGACAUUGCUGGGGAGAUCGGAGUGCGACCAAGUCUCCUGUGGCUCUUCUUCACAGACUACCCGCUGUUUAAGAGGGUUUUGUGGGGGCCCGUCUCUGCCUACCAGUACCGGCUGAUGGGCCCAGGGAAGUGGGAGGGAGCCCGCCAGGCAAUCUUCACCCAGUUCGAUCGCAUGUACCAGCCCCUAAAAACCAGACAGAUGGUGGAGCAGGAGUCUUCCUUAGCUGGAAGCCUGGUGAAGCUGAGUCUGACUAUGAUGGCUGGAGGAGCUGCCGUCUGGUAUCUCCACGCUCGCAGCCCAACCACCAUCCCCACCCUGCUGUCCAGCCUCCGUCCACAAACAGUGUGAACACAAACAAACCAAAAACCACAUCUACUGCUUCUAGAUCCCUUAAAAGUCUAAUUCUGUAUACUUCUAUUUGGGUUGUAAAUUGUUGAAAUCAUUAUAGGGGUCACUGUCUGAGCCGCUGAUUGAUGCUGGGAUGUUGUUCAAUCUGUGUUUUUAGUCUAUUUAAAUGCCUGUCAGGAAAUGUUCCUCCUGAAAACGGUUUCAUAUGCAUCUAUUUUACAGCAUAUAGUUUAGAAGAAACUCAACAAAUCCUAGUUUACUGUCACUUUUACAAUGUUUUGUUUUACUGUUUCUGAUCAAAAUUGUAAUUUUUUCCCCACAAUUUUUAUAAUUAUAUCAAAAAGAUCAGCACCUACUUGAAACAUGAGAGGAAAAAAUGCCAGCCAUGCUGUUGUUGUUGUUGUCAACCAUGCCUUCCAGUGUUGCAGUGGUUUUAGUUAGUUGUAUAUGAUCACAACAGGCAGAAAAUUAUGCAAACCUUCUCUUUAAUUGCUUUUAAUUUUUUGUUAUUGUCAGAUUUAGUGGAUUGUUAAAGGUCAAGCACAGGUAAGCUGUAACAACUAAUUUGUGUCAUAUUUAAUUUUAUAUUGCCAUGAAUGUCGAGUCUGUUUCCUGUGUAUAUCCUGUGAAUAAAUGAGUAAAAUCA